GAGAGAGAGAGAGAGAGAAAAUACAGGGACACUACAUGUAUUCCCCGCCUGGAAUUUAUAAUUGGUUUUGUUACUGUACAUGCACGUUUCGCUGUCAUUUAUAUUGGGUAACAAUUUCAAACUCAGUUUGAUAACUCAUUUUACCCAACAGAUAUUUCUAGAAACAUACAUAUAGGGAAGUUUAGUAAACAUGCUAUUUGAUCUAUUACUGGAUCUAUUAUAGAGGCCUUCCUAAGCAGAACAACACGUUUAAUUCAGUAUCUCUUGCACUGAAAUAGUAGUUUGUAAUAAGGUAAUCAGUGGGCAUGUAUUUAUUUUUAUUAAUGAAUUGUUAUAAUUAAGAAUUAGGUUUAGAAACACUGAUAAAAAACUUUAAAAGUUCUAAGAAAACUGCACUCUAUAGGGAAAGGUUAACCAACAAACAACUAUUUUUAGAAUGUUCAUAAACACAAUUGUCCAAGAUAUGGUCUUGCGACCAAUGUUUGUUAUUGGAUAAUAAAUGGUCAGCGAUGACAUUUACUGGGGAUGACUCCCUAUUUAAGACACGGGAUCAAUGUGGGCCAUAACAGAACUUUGGAGCUUUCAGAAAACCUGAAAGGCCAAUUCGUUAAGAAACAUCCACCAUGUAUAAGUUGUGCGCACUUAUUGGAUUGCUCUUUAUCAUUGAGGCAUGCUUGGCUCGCCCAGGCUCAGCGCCUGAAAACAGACGUCGCGGUCCCCCCGCUAGACGCGCACCAGGACCUCCUCCUCCACCCGCAAGACGCGCACCAGGACCACGAGGAGCACCACCACCCGCUAGGGUUCAACCACCACCACCACCAAGCCGCAGGAGGCCUCCACCCCCUCCCCCCAGAAGAGUUCCCCCACCCCCUCCCCCCAGAAGAGUUCCCCCACCCCCAGCUUACAAUUCGUACUAUGACUAUUAUGGAACCUCGCCGUCAACAUUAUUCUUAGCCGACGAUUGUGAUUGUAACAAAGGGGACUGCUCACCAGGAACCACCUACCAGGGCUCCUGCGGGGACGACAUGAACUACUGUUGUUAAUCUAUACACAUUAGGUUCCAAUUAUAACGUCUUAGACUUGUGGUCGAGGAGAGCGGAGAUGGGGAUUGUGAAAGAUACAAAAAUAUCUAUAUCAUGAACGGACAAAACUACAUUCCUGGCACAUAUGCGCGAGCACAAAUACAACUGGGCUCCUGAAUGAGUCGGGAAUUUUUUUUUUUUUUUAUUACAAAAAUAAAAUACAUUAAAUAAUUUUUUGUUGUUUCAUUUAUAUAGCAUUAUUUAUCAUUUAAGAGUAGUAUUUGUAGCUGUUCCGAUACUUUAAAAAGAGUUAUAUGAUAUACACUACAUCUCUUUGUAUGAGUGAUUGUAAAAUUGUAUCAGCUUCGAUACAACAUUGUAUAAACAAAGUUCUAAGGAAGAGUCUUCAACGAAUUGAUGUAUUUAUGGUGACAGCACUUUUCAACCAUUCUCCAGAAAUGUUUCCAAUUGCGAAAAAAAAAAAAAAGCUGUCGAAAUGUUUAUUUCAGCAUUCAUCAUUGUAUUUUCAAUUCUAUAUAUGUAUUUACAAAAUUUCUAUCAUGUUAAUCUGAAGAAGAUAACACAAAUACUGAUACCACACAUU